AUGCUGGCAGUGAUUCAAGCACCGAAUGUCCACAUUGACAGCUAUGAUGAAAACUCUCUGAGCUUUACCCUGACCAUGAACGGUGACAUCAAGGUCAAUGGCUACGUGGUGAACCUUUUCUGGUCAUUUGAUGCCCACAAACAAGAAAAGAAAACCUUGAACUUCCAAGGAAGCUCAGUGUCACACAAAGUUAGCAAUCUGACAGCUCACACAUCUUAUGAGAUUUCCGCCUGGGCUAAGACAGACUUGGGGGAUAGUCCCCUGGCAUUCGAGCAUGUCUUGACCAGAGGCAUCCGCCCACCUGCUCCUAGUCUCAAAGCCAAGGCCAUCAACCAGACUGCUGUGGAGUGCACAUGGACUGGCCCCAAGAAUGUGGUGUAUGGCAUUUUCUAUGCCACAUCCUUCCUUGACCUCUACCGAAACCCUAGAAGCGUAACCACUUCACUCCACAAUAAGACAGUCAUUGUCAACAAGGAUGAGCAGUACUUGUUUCUGGUCCGGGUGGUGAUCCCUUACCAAGGACCAUCUUCUGACUAUGUUGUAGUGAAGAUGAUCCCAGACAGCAGACUUCCACCUCGUCAUCUGCACGCAGUUCAAAUAGGCAAAACCUCAGCAGUCAUCAAGUGGGAAUCGCCCUAUGACUCUCCUGACCAGGACUUG